UUGUUGAACGAAAAAUAAAGCUUUCGAUCAGUUCACUUUUAGCAGCUGCACUUGUCUCUACACUUUGCCACUAUAUAAUAGAGUAUCCAAGAUCAAAAUGUCGACGGUUGUGAGGAAACUUAUCAGCACAGUUAAUGCUGCCAAGCCGGUGGCUCCCUACAAUCAGGCCGUGGUGGCCGAUCGUACUGUUUAUGUGUCCGGAUGUCUGGGUCUCGAUAAGGACACCAUGCAGUUAGUUCCCGGCGGACCAACGGAGCAAACGGAAAAGGCCCUGGAAAAUCUACAGGCUGUGCUUAAGGCAGCGGAUUCCGGAGUGGACAAGGUGGUGAAGAACACCGUUUUCCUGAAGGAUCUCAACGAUUUCGGGGCCGUCAACGAGGUCUACAAGAAGGUGUUCAAUAAGGAUUUCCCGGCUCGCAGUUGUUUCCAGGUGGCCAAGCUACCGAUGGACGCUCUAGUGGAGAUCGAGUGCAUCGCCUUGACGGGAUCUGUCGAAACCAAGACCGUGCAAUAGCA